AUGCCUACUCCACUGGACAGGAUGUUGAAUUCCAAGAAUCUCCUGCUUGGAUUCGCCGGAAUCGUCACUGCCGUCGCCGCCUGGGGAAUCUGGGGCGGUGACAUAUUUCCUGCAGAGGGCGAUCCAAGAGGAAACCCUGACGAUUGGACCAUCGAGGAGUUGAGAAGAUGGCUGCGGACUGUGGAGAGGGCUUCUGCCGGACGACGGUGCAUCGCGGGAGGACCUGCUGGAGCGGGUCAAAGCAAAUAUGCGUCCGCGAUCAUCAAGUUCGUAACCGAUUCAUCGAAAAGGCGAAGUGUUCUCAGGCGUAUGACGAUAUGGCGGACGGUUUUCGGUCCUUGA